CAGUUCGGGAUGUACGCCCUGUACAGCAAAAACAAGCCGCGCUCAGACGCCCUGUUAACGAGCCACGGAAACAAUUUUUUCAAGAACAAGCAGCUGGAGCUGGGCGAUAAGAUGGACCUGGCGUCGUACCUGCUGAAGCCCAUCCAGAGGAUGAGUAAAUACGCUCUGCUCCUGAAGGAUCUGAUCAAGGAGUGCGGUCAGUCUCAGGAGCAGGAGCUCACUGACCUCAGAACAGCGGAGGAGAUGGUCAAGUUCCAGCUGCGCCACGGAAACGACCUGCUGGCCAUGGACGCCAUCCGGGGAUGUGACGUCAAUCUGAAGGAGCAGGGUCAGCUCCGCUGUCAGGACGAGUUCAUCGUUUGGUGCGGACGCAAAAAAUACCUGCGUCACGUUUUCCUUUUCGAGGAUCUCAUCCUCUUCAGCAAGACCAAGAAGAUUGAAGGAGGAUACGACAUCUACAUCUACAAACAGUCCUUCAAGACGGCUGAGAUCGGGAUGACGGAGAGCGUGGGAGACAGCGGGCUGCGCUUCGAGAUCUGGUUUCGCCGGAGGAAAUCACAGGACACCUUCAUCCUGCAGGCCGCUUCUGGAGAGGUGAAGAACGCCUGGACCUCCGUCAUCGGCAAGAUCCUGUGGAGACAAGCCUUACGAAACCGAGGUCAGACAGCAGCACCAAAUGUCAAUCUGAAGGAGCAGGGUCAGCUCCGCUGUCAGGACGAGUUCAUCGUUUGGUGCGGACGCAAAAAAUACCUGCGUCACGUUUUCCUUUUCGAGGAUCUCAUCCUCUUCAGCAAGACCAAGAAGAUUGAAGGAGGAUACGACAUCUACAUCUACAAACAGUCCUUCAAGACGGCUGAGAUCGGGAUGACGGAGAGCGUGGGAGACAGCGGGCUGCGCUUCGAGAUCUGGUUUCGCCGGAGGAAAUCACAGGACACCUUCAUCCUGCAGGCCGCUUCUGGAGAGGUGAAGAACGCCUGGACCUCCGUCAUCGGCAAGAUCCUGUGGAGACAAGCCUUACGAAACCGAGGUGAGACAGCAGCACCCAAUGCAUUGCAUUAA